GAUGCCUCCUUUGGAACCCGUCUGUGAGACAGAUAACUUCCACCAGGCAGCACUUCAUCAGAAGUGGGAGCCAGUGGAAACAGAAGCAGUAGAUUUGGGUGAUCACCUCAAACAACCUCAAGAUUGUCAGCAGCUGCUACCAAACAAGCUGGCACUGAGUGAAGAAAUCCUCCCAGAUGCUGUUCAGGACAGAAGCCUUUGCAGUUUACCACCUCUGAAGAGAAGGUCCUUGGUGGGAGUUGUCGUGGAAUUCGUCGUCUCUCCUACCCAGUUCUACAUCCACAUCUGUGGCAGGGAAACAUCCCACAAACUGCAGGAUCUGAUGUUUGAGAUGAGACACCUUUACUCACAUAAACUGGUCUCUGAUAAAUACAUCAUGCCUGACUCUGCAGUACGGCCUGGACAGCUCUGCUGUGUGAUGGUCUCUAAAUGGUGGUACCGUGUUAUCAUCCAUCGUGUGAUCAGUGACCAAGAAGUGGAGGUGUUCUAUGCAGAUUAUGGACACCUCCAAAUUGUCCAAAAGUCUUGGCUGAGAUUCCUCAAGUGGCAGUACUUGAAGCUCCCUGCUCAGGCCAUCCCGUGUUCCUUGGCGUGGGUAAAACCUGUGGAGGGUACGUGGUCUCCUGCAGCAACUCUCCUGUUCAAGAAUCUCUGUGGCUUCAAGGAGCUUGUGGGCAUUGUGGAUGAAUAUGUGGAUGGCAUUCUGCACCUCUUCCUCUGUGACACAUCCACCAAGGAGGAUGUCUACUUCCACUCUGUCUUGAGGGAUAUGGGAUAUGCUGAUGUCUGUGGAGAGAACAUUCCUUCCCAGGAAUUCAAGGAACUGAAUCCUUUGGCCUUGUAUGUUCAGCCCAGUGGAGAGCAGGAGAAUGCUGAACUGGUGAAGCCAGACCUUUGCUUGCAGCAGGAAUCUCUGGUUGCAGAUAGUGAAACAACAUCCUCAAAGCUGGAUGGGGCUGAGCUGUGUGGCCAGACACCUCAUUCUCUUGGAGAGUCCUCUGUGCCUGCUGUCUUAGUCAAGUCAGUGGAAGAUCUUUAUACCUCCUUUAUUUACUCCAAGCAACCAGCAGAAAUGAGGCAAGAUGACCCUGAUCAGAUAGAAAGAUUUUUGAGCAAGGCCCAACUUUCUGAAGCUGUACAUCCUGCUGUUCUGCUCAUGGCAGUGCCAUUCGUGCUGGACACCCCUAACAGUAUGGGUAGAUUUGUCAGUCAGAGUUCACACAGCAGGAAGCUGAGCAGUCUGUUACCAUGCCAUGAGUUUUGCAGCCCCUGUUGGGUAUCCUAGGGCUGGUGCUGCUGGAACAGAUGGACAUGUUGGUGUUUCUGUGGGCUGGAGGUGCCACGGUAAUAAAUGGCUGGAUGCAGCGCAUCGGUUUGGCCUUUGUGCAGCAAAAUGGAUUUCUAAUUGUUUAAUGGGAAGAAAUGAAUUGAGGGUUAGUUCUUUCAU